GCUGUGUGCAGUCAGAGAUGGCCAGUGGGUGGGAGGUAACUUUUUGCAUUGUGAUCGAAUUAGGAGGGGCUCACUUAACAGCAGGGUCUGGGUAAAGACCUCGCAUAGCACAGCUUGCAGUCACAGCCAGAGCAUACACUACUCCCCCAGCCUCAGCAACAAGCAGUUUACUUGUAGACACAAAGCCUGCUCUACCCCAAGCAAUCAUGCCAACUGAUUUCAAUGGCUACUGGAAGAUGAUGAGCAAUGAGAAUUUUGAGGAGUAUCUGAAGGCGUUGGACGUCAAUGUCGCUCUGAGGAAGAUCGCCACUCUAUUGAAGCCGGACAAAGAUAUUAUUCAGAAUGGGGAGCACAUGGUGAUUAAGACACUGAGCACUUUUAGGAACUACAUCAUGGAUUUUGAUGUGGGAAAGGAGUUUGAAGAGGAUUUGUCUGGAGUAGAUGAUCGCAAAUGCAUGACAACGGUCACCUGGGAAGGAGACAAGCUGCUGUGUGUACAGAAAGGCGAGAAGGAAGGCCGAGGCUGGACGCAAUGGGUGGAAGGAGAUGAAUUACACUUGGAAAUGCGGGUUGGAGGUGUAGCCUGCAAACAGGUUUUUAAGAAGAUUCGCCAGUGACGCCGACUGUGACUGUGGAAAAGAACGGCCUUCAUCCCAGAAUGACUCUAGAUUAACUUCCCCUCGGUCAUAAUGAUGCAUUUUAUUAUUAUUGUCUUAUUAUCGUAGGAUGCCAUUUGUGUGGUUUUGUUUUAUAAUGCCACUUUAGGUACUUUAUUAAAAAUACUAACCUAA